AUGGUCGCCGUCUCCGGCGGUGGAGGCGGCUUAAGCUACGGCAUUCCGGACCAGUGUGCCAUCGUGCACUUGUACCAUUCCCGGCUGGUAGAAACCAUCAACUCGGCUCCCAAAACUUGGGCUUGGACCGCCGGCAAGACUUGGACUUCCGGCAAGACUUGGACUUCCGGCAAGACUUGGACUUCCGGCAAGACUUGGACUUCCGGCAAGACUUGGACUUCCGGCAAGACUUGGACUUCCGGCAAGACUUGGAAUGCCGGCGAGACCUCAACAAAUGAGAGAACCUCUUCCGGCAAAUUGGCGGGAUUCAAUAUGCAUGUGUUCAAUUCAGGCUCUCAUGACCCGCGCGGCGCCGAGCGGCUCAACUCUCUUGGAAUGCGGGUUUUAGCAUCAUUGACACCCUAUGCCUUAUGGGGUCUGGCAGCGGAUCCCGGCUCCCAUUUGAUAAGCGGCGGCGUGGGAGGCAUCCUGCACCUGUUCCAGGCAGGAGUUGUCUUGGAACGGUCGGAACUCACUGCUCUGGUUUCGGCUGGUGGCAAACUGCCCGCCAACCCUCUGGAGAUUCCGCCAGCGACACGGCCGGGUGAGGAGACACGGCCGGGUGAGGAGACACGGCCGGGUGUGGAGACACGGCCGGGUGAGGAAACACGGCCGGGUGAGGAAACACGGCCGGGUGUGGAGACAUGGUCGGGUGUGGAGACACGGCGGGGUGUGGAGAAGUCGUCGUUCAGUACCUCUUCGGCGACGGUGGACCCCACCGGGGCCUCGUUAACCUUGUUGGGUGCUCACAAAAUCAUUGAGCAGUCAAUUCGACAGAAGAACAAGCUGCUGGUUUCGCAAACACGAUUGUGCCACAAUAAGAUUGCGGUGUUGUGUGAAGACGGGCAAUUGUGUGUCUAUUCGUAUGGGUACGGACGCAUGGACGGACUGCACCUGAUCGGCAAGACCAAAAAUAAACAAGUCGUGGACUUCCAAUUCGCUGAUGAUGGCGCUCUACUGGUUGUCAUGACAAACCGUGGGAAACUUUUGGUAUACUCUGCACAGCCUGAGGAAGGCAGCCAGUUCAUGCUGGAGACCGCUACAUGCGCUCCGGGAAUUGUCGCGCCAGUAUUACUCAACAGCAACGCCAACCACUGGUACCCACUCCACGAGUGCGAACUCCCGAGCAACCACCUACGACCUCGAUACCUACUCGUAACACGAGUCCGGAAGGGCAAGUCCGCAGGCGACUCCAAGCCUAUGACAGACGGCUACCUUUCGGGCAUGGGCAACUCUCUGGCUGCUAGUAACCCUCUAGGUCCGAGUAAUCCUAACAAUCUUGGUGCUAGUAAUCCUGUGGGUACUACUAGUAGCCUAAUGGGUGCUAACAACCCAAUGGGUGCUAGUAACCCUGUUGGAAAAGCCCCUGUGGGGGCGACUUGGCGACGCGGUAACUACGCAGAUGGGCAACUGACAACCGACACCUACGAAAUUGUAGUUGUCGGGAUGGACACGGACCGGCCCAAAACAGCAGUCGUCAUGAAGAUGAAUGCAAAUAUGAACAGGACUAUGUUCGCUUGGUCAAAGGAACCUUUUCGGACGCGAUACCUGAAGCACCUGGAAUCAGUUUCUGCUCUUACCUAUGACCAGGACGUCAUAGCUUUAUGCGGGAACCAGAGGUUCUCUAUCUUGAGUCUCAGAGACCUAAGCACUAUUACCACCAUAGAGAGAGACAGCAACAGCUUACCAAUCACCGCUGCUACGAUCACUGAUGAGAAACUUCUUGUGGUGGGAGCCGCAGACUAUUCCCUCAUUGUUGUUGCACUACCACCCUCUCUAUCCGGCUACAGAUUCGGCUUCCUUAAUCUAUCUCCUCGUAUUUUACUCUACCUAGCUGUACUCCUUAAAAUAGCACUACUUACGGCAUGUGUUGCUUUGUGUUUAUAA